AUGCUCCUCCGCCACAUCCUCCAGACGUCGCUCCCCACACUGCUCUUCGCGGGGGGCGCGUCCGCGUCCGCUCUCCACCGCCGCCAAGACGUCGCCGCCGCGACCACCAACACCACCGCCGCGCCCGCCGUCCCCAAGCGCUUCAUCAUCGAGUACCGCCAAGACGCGGCGGCGGGCCUGCGCGCCGCGCCCGAGCCCGGCAUCACCGUCGUGCAGACCUUCGACAGCGACGUCUUCGCCGGCGUCAGCGUCGCCGUCGAUGGCCACAGCAUCGACGACCUCGCCCGCCUCGCCGGCGUGGCUAACGUCUGGCCCAUGAAGUCCAUCCGCUUGGCGCCCCCCGUCGACGGCGUGCAGACUUUUAGCGAUGAUGCUGCGGCGGGGAAUUAUACGGUUCAUACGUCGACGGGUGUGGAUAAGUUGCAUGCGGCGGGCGUUUUUGGCGAGGGCGCGGUCGUGGCUGUUGUCGAUACGGGGAUUGCGUAUAAUCAUCCUGCGCUUGGGGGUGGUAUUGGCGAAGGGUUCAAAGUGAGCGGCGGGUACGACUUCGUGGGCGAUGGCACAUGGCCGCUUGAUGAUCAGGAGAAGGUGCCGGAUGAUGAUCCGAACGAUCAGAUGGGCCACGGGACUCACGUCGCGGGGAUCAUCGCUGGCGAGACGGACUAUUGGGUGGGAGUGGCACCAAAGGCAACGCUUCGGGGCUACAAAGUCUUCUCCACCAUCGACUCUACCGAUGAGGACACGCUCAUUCAGUCAUUCCUUACGGCCUAUGCCGACGAUGUUGAUAUCAUCACUUCUAGCAUCGGAAGCGCAAGCGGGUUUGAGGACGGAGCCUGGGCUGAGGUUGCAUCACGCCUCGUGAACAAGGGAGUGGUGGUGACCAUCGCCGCGGGCAACUCGGGCUUUGCGGGCCCAUUCUUUGCAAGCAGUGGAUCUUCCGGCAAAGACGUCUUAGCCGUGGCCUCUGUCCAGGCGGAUACCUUCCCGGCUCAGGCUUUCUUCGCCACCUUCAGGACCAACAGCUCUUCGAACACCACCACCGCUGGAUACAUUCCCGCGACGUACAACUUCCCAACCACCAUCAAGGACUGGCCCAUAAUUCCUCUCAGCUUGAACACGUCCGAGGCCGCAGACGCGUGCUCCCCCCUGCCGGCUGACACCCGAAACCUGUCACAGGUCAUCCCACUUGUGCGCCGCGGAACCUGCAACUUCGCCACAAAGCAAGCCAACCUCCAAGAGUUCGGCGCCCAGUACAUCCUGUUCUACAACAACGACAGCCCCCUGAUAUCUCUCUCGACGAGCGAAGAAGGAAGUCUGGUCGGCCUCAUCACCGCCGAAGCCGGCGCCGCCAUUGUCAACACGGUGAAAGCGGGCGGCGAGGUCCUUGGUGACUUCUCCGCCGAAGCCUCCGCCGUCGGACUCUACGAUGCCUCCGGCGGUAGACCGAGCACCUUCACGUCCUGGGGCGGCCUGUACGACCUGUCCCUGAAGCCGGACAUCGCGGCCCCGGGCGGCAACAUCUUUUCCACCUAUCCGAACAACAGCUUCGCCGUCCUCAGCGGGACCUCGAUGGCCACGCCGUACGUCGCCGGCAUCGCAGCUCUGUACAUCGGCGCCCUCGGCGGUAGGAAGGUACAUGGAGCCGAGUUCGCCAAGGCGCUGCAAAGGCAGAUCGUGGCGAGCGGCGGUGCACUGCCGUGGGCGGGGACGACCGAGGACGACGGCAUCGUGGCGCCGGUCCCGCAGGUCGGUAACGGGCUCGUGAACGCGUUCAAGGUGCUGAACUACUCGACUGCAUUGACCUUCGAGAAGCUGGAGCUCAAUGACACGGUCAACUUCCGGGAUACCCACACGGUGCAGAUCACGAACAACGGUGAUGUGCCGUUGACUUACAACUUCAGCCUACAAGACGCCGCUGGGUUUGAGGCGCUGGAGGAAUUCGAUGCCGCCGUCUACCCGUCUCCAAGGCUGAGGGAGUUCGCUGAACUGGUUCCCAUCGAGGCUGUGCCGGGCAUCUCCUUCCCGGACGGGGACUUCACGCUGGCGCCCGGAGAGAGCAAGGACGCCACCUUCACCUUCACGCUGCCCGAAGGCCUGAACGCAACCGCGCUUCCGGUGUACAGCGGCAAGAUCUUGAUCACGGCCACCAACGGCGAGCAGCUGUCCGUCCCCUACUUCGGCCUCGCCUCCGACCUGAAGAAGGAGAUGACCCCCAUCUUCGAGAACACCUACCCGUUCUCCACCUCCGGCAUCAACAACGAGAGCAUCAACAACAAGUCUUCCUACACCUUCAACCUCACCCUCGACUCCCAAGACUUCCCCAAAAUCUUCGCCCAGCUCAAAUGGGGCACCGAAGAAAUCCGCUGGGACAUAUACGACCCCACCUUCACCGAAUCGCAAUGGCAAUACCCGCCCGUCCCGGGCGUCAACGGCUACGUCGGCGCCGCCACGAGCUGGAACGACGCCGAGUCGUCCAGCACCUUCGACCCCGCGACGCAGAACGCGUCCGACGUUUUCGCCUUCCCCAUCUACGACAUCAUCCGCAACGCGCCGACCGAGACGUCGUACCGCAGCUUUUGGUGGUUUGGCCGCUUGGCCAACGGGUCGGACAUCGCGCCGGGGAGUUACGUGAUGCGGUUUGCGGCGCUGCUGCCGUUUGGGGAGAGGGCGGAGAGUGCCGGGUGGGAUGUUUGGCAGGCGCCGGGGAUUGAGGUGCUGUAG